AUGCCACCCCCAGCCCAGCAGGCUGCAGUCGAGUGGGUGUUGGAGCACCUCGAUCAGGUCGAGUCUUCGGCCGGCGGCGCCGAUGCCACACUGGCUGCGCUCGUGCUCGACCUGCGGACAGAGCAUGCUGCCGAAGCGGCUGGCCUUAGCCCGGAGACGGUGCUCGCAAAGGCCAAAAUCGUCGAAGUUGGCGACCUCAGAAACAUCCGCCGCCUGCUCACCGGGCCGCCAUUCGGCUUCCCUUCCGAGUACGUCGCGAAAAUCAGCACGGCCACCAAGUCGGCGGUCACCGAGCGGGCGGGCCGGCGUGGCAUCUUUUGCCUCGUCGCGUGCGGAGCGCUGCCGUCACUCGGCGAGCCCGCGCCGAGCGCCUACAACAUGGCCGUCGCCUCCGUCUUCAUGAGCGACCUGCAUGCGAUGCGGGCCGAGGCCUGCGAGCCGCCCGCGGAGCGCGGCAAGGCCGGCACCGCUGCGUGCGCCGUCUGCGGAGCGGGCGGCGACCUCAAGGCGUGCGCCCGGUGCGGCACGGUGGCCUACUGCGGAAAGGAGCACCAGCUCGCCGACUGGAAGGGCGGCCACAAGCACAGCUGCAAGCAGCGCGCCCAGCUCUGCGAGGCGAUCGCUGCGGCGCGCGGCAGCGCCGACUCUCUCGCCUCGGCCCGCGCGAUCGUCGCGCGAAUGAGCGACCUGCAGGUGGCGAGCGACUGCAGCAGGCUCGACUCUGGGAUGCCGAUCGGGGCGCAAGACAGCGUCUCGCUCGGCGAGGGCUUCCAGUUCGCUGCCGCCACGCGGACGCCGCCGCGAGAGUGCGUGGCUUGUGGGCCGCCGAGAGGGCCGCAGAGCCUCGCUGCGCUGGCCGAGGGGCUGCAGCUCGAGAGCGAAAGCCCCGGCUGA